AUGGUUAGAUUUUACAAUGUUAUUGAGCUUGAAAGUCAAAUCAAGGAAAUAUCUCAUCAAAACAUUAUCAAGAAUGAUGAGUUAAUAGUACCAUUACUUGCAAUUGAAAUUGAUAUAACAGAGAGCAAAAUCUAUCUCGUCAUGCCUUACUUUGCUCUUGGGGAUUUGAGUGGAACUAUAUAUAAUAACUUUAUGAAAAAUCAACCUUUUUCUGAAAGAAUGGUUAUCCAAUUCCUAACAAAGGCCAGUCUUGCUCUCAGCUAUUUACUUUCCAACAAUAUUGUUCACAGAGAUGUGAAAAGCUCGAAUUUUCUAGUAACCAAGCACACCCAUGAUGAAUUGGAUUGUGUUUUAUCCGAUUUUGGAUUUGCUACCUCAGUUUCUAAUAUUCAAAUGGUAAUUGAUGAUAGCUCAUGUACAAUGAAAUAUGCUUCUCCAGAACUAAUUGAAACAGAAAUGAGUACAUUUAAGGGAGAUGUUUUCUCAUUGGGAUGUACAUUGUUUGAAAUGAUGUCUUUUGAUUUUAAUACCAUGCUAUGGAAAGUUAUCGAACAAGAUGAAAUCAAAGCAAAACUCUUCAUCAAGGAAAGAAUUCACAAAAAUUUCUCAGAGUAUAGCACUGCAUGUGUUGAUCUUGUUUUGUCCAUGCUAGAAAAAGAUCCAAACAAUAGACCAGACUACGAGAGCAUUAUCAAAAUAGCAAAAGAACACUAUUGCUAA